AUGGACUUUAUCGAGAACAUCGCCAAGCAGGCGUCCCAGAUCACAAUGUACGAUGUCAAGUCGUACUACAACAAUGCCAAGAACAUGGUCCUCAACGUCCCCGAGAUGGAGGCAAAGGUUCGCGAGGCCACCAACGAGGACGCAUGGGGUGCUUCGUCGACCCUCAUGCAGGAGAUUGCCGCGGGAACGCACAACUUCCAGCACUUUAACGAGAUUAUGCCGACCAUCUACUCUCGCUUCAUGGAAAAGGAGGCUCGCGAAUGGCGCCAGAUCUACAAGGCGCUCACUCUCCUCGAAUACCUGAUCAAGCACGGCUCAGAGCGCGUCGUCGACGACGCGCGCGCCCAUGUCUCGACCAUCAAGAUGCUCCGCAACUUCCACUACAUCGAUGAGAAGGGCAAGGACCAGGGCAUCAACGUCCGCAACCGUGCCAACGAGCUCGCGUCGCUUCUUAGCGACGUGGACCGCAUCCGUGCCGAGCGCCGCAAGGCCAAGAGCAACCGCAACAAGUACCAGGGUGUCGAGGGCGGCAUGUUCAACACGGCAAGCGGCAGCCGUUACGGCGGCUUUGGCAGCGACGCCGUGCGCGCUGGUGGUGGUGGUGGCGGCGGCGGCAGCAGCUCGGGCGGCUGGGCACGCGACGAGGACGAAUACCGUGGUGGCAGCUCGCGUGCGGGAGGCUCCAACUUCCAUGACACUGCCGCACGCAAUGAAUACGACGAGUACGAGGGUGCCGACGACUUUGAUGGCCCACCCCGUCGUACCACCUCGGCAACCGCCUCGACAUCUCGACCUGCCCGCACGUCCCCUGCCCCGUCCAAGCCUCCCAAGGCCCAGCCCCCCAAGGCCAAGGCUCCUGAAGUCAACCUCUUUGACUUUGACGACGAGCCCGUCUCCGCUCCUACCGCUGCGCCUGCUGCCCCAGCGGCUCCAGUGGAUGCCUUUGGCGACGACGACUUUGACGACUUUCAGCAGGCCCCAACGCCUCUGCCCCGGCUCCCACUUCGCCCCCCGCGGCAGGCGAGCUCGGCGGCACCGGCCCCCACUCCUUCAUUCUCCGCCCCCGCUCCCGCUCCUGUCGCCUCGCCUACCGCACCGCCCGCGUACAGUGGUAUGGGUGUCGGCAUGGGCAUGGCCCAGCAGCGCCCUGCCGCCGCCCCGGCUCCCAAGAAGCCCGCUUCCGCCUUUGACGACCUGUUCACCACUUCCCUUGGUGCGCCUGUUGUCAAGCCUGCAUCGGCCGGCGGCAACAAGACCAUUGCCGAGAUGGAGAAGGAAAAGGCCUCGAGCGGGCUUUGGGGCUCGACCCCUACCGCUUCAGCGUCCGCCGCCAAGCCUGCCGCCAGCUCGGGCUUUGACGAUCUCCUCCUCUAA